UUAUUCGCCCGCACUGGUGAGCUAUUCUGCACUGAUUGUCCCAUGGAGUCGGCUUAACUAUGUGCGUACCGAUUUUCCUCUCCAAGACACCAAAAUUGAAAUAUAAAUAAACAAGAAGAAGCACCGUUUCUCUUCCAGUUCGUCGCCCAGUUCCUCCUACAAGCCCAAGCAAGCUCAAGGAAGCUCAGGCAAGUAAAACAUGAUGAAACUGACCGUCUUCAGGCCCUCUGUGCGCCUGUUUCGCCCGUCACUGGCCUCCCUGGCCACGAGAUCGCAGUCCACUGUAGCAAAGUCCCGGGAAGUGUUCACUCCUGAACAGAAGGCAUGGGCAGCCAACGAACGGUUGAAGGGACUUGGUGUCCUGAAGCACCUACCAGAGAAAUGGAUCCCCUACGGUGAGCUGAUGCGACUGGAGAAGCCCGUGGGCACCUGGCUGCUGUUCAUCCCUGGCACUUGGUCCAUCCUCAUGGCCGCGUGUCAAACCGGCGCUCCACUGCUGUUGACCAUCAAGACCUUGGCCCUGUUUGGCGUAGGCUCCAUCGUGAUGAGAGGCUUCGGCUGCGUGGUCAACGACCUGCUGGACAAGGACCUGGACAACAAGGUGCUGAGAACCAUAGAGAGGCCCAUCACCAGCGGGCGUGUGACCAAGAAGCAGGCCUACAAGCUCAUGGCCGGGCAGCUGACCGUCGGGCUCGGGAUCCUCCUGGCACUGCCAUCACAGUGCUACGCCAUUGGAGCCCUCUCUCUGAUCCCGGUGUGCCUGUAUCCUCUGUUCAAGAGAUUCACCUACUAUCCGCAGGCCAUGCUCUCCGUCACGUUCAACUGGGCGGCGAUCCUCGGGUUCCCGGCCAUGGGAAUAGUUGAUCCCAUCACCCUGGGCUCGCUAUACCUGUCAACGUUCUGCUGGACGAUGACGUACGAUACCAUCUACGCCCACCAGGACAAGCAGUUCGACAUCAAGGCCGGCGUCAAGUCCACGGCGCUGGCAUGGCAGGACAAGUCGAAGAUGAUCUUCACAGGGUUGACCACCGCCCAGACGGGCCUCCUGGCGCUAGCCGGCUACCACAGUGGGCUGCUGUUCUCGCCAGGGUUCGCCAUUGGCAGCGCAAUGUUCUUGGGCUCUGUCUACAGAAUGGUCUACAAGGUUGAUCUGAACAACCCUGCUGACUGCUGGAAGUACUUUGUCAGAAACAUCCGUUACGGCCUGUACCUGACACUGGGCCUGGCACUCGAUUAUUUGAUCGGCUGGUCUUUUUAGAAGUCGCGUCCUUUCCUUCCAUACGUAUAUAGCACAGCUGAAUAGCAUCAAGAUGAGUAACAGAGUACAUAAGAAGCACAAGAACAACAACUUCAAGACCUCGGACAGAAGACUGGCCAGUGGCUCCAAGGCUGAGUCGUUCCUCCUGGGCAAGAACAGCA